AUGGCCCACAUGCACAAGCUAUCAGAUGCUAAUGUUACGCGACGUCCGCCCAUCUGUCCAGUACCAUGUCAAGUGCCACCAGGCUUUUUCGAUAACGUGCAAGGCAGUGGUCCUCAACGUCCACGGGGACCUGGUACCUCCUUUCGUCCCAAUACUCCUGUUGUCGACGUUCCUGCACUAGAUGACAAGAAGGCACUCUAUGUUGCUCGGCCGCCUAAACGAGCUAGCGACAAAGCAAAAUGCGUCGACAACUCCAAAUGGUGGGCUCGUGUUGUGCUGUUCCUCUGCUGUGUGUCUCCGUCCAACGACGACGGUCACUGA